GGAGGGCUGGUCCUCGCGCUCGGCUCCUGGCCGCUGCCCCUGACUACAGCCUCGUUCUCAUCGCUGAUCAUGUGCCUCGCGCUCUGCCUGUCUCCGGCUCUGCAGCAGGAAGUUAGCCGUGUUUUCUUCCCUCUGCUCUUCCUUUCCCCCACUUCUUGACAGCCCCACUGGCAGCCUGUUUCCCCCUUCUUUUCGCUGCGGCUCUCACCUCCUCUGCCGGGGUGCGAGAGCUGAGAGAGACCGGCGGUCAGGCCCCUCCGCUCUCCUCCGCUCCGCUCUCCUCUUCCUCCGGGCAGGGAGAGCCGGCCAUGGCGGCCCCUGUGACGGAGAAGGAGCCAUCGCCGAUGGACAAGUUCUUGCCUCUGCCUACACUGAGCCCAGCCGUGCCGCCGUACGUCACUUUGGGCCUGACUGUAGCCUACACCGUCUUCUACUCCCUCCUCUUCAUCUUUAUCUACGUGCAGCUCUGGCUGGUCCUGCGGUACCGACACAAGCGCCUCAGCUACCAGACGGUGUUCCUGUCCCUGUGCCUGCUGUGGUCGGCCCUGCGCACCGUGCUCUUCUCCUUCUACUUCAAAAACUUUGUCACAGCCAACAACCUGGGGCCUUUUCCCUUCUGGCUGCUCUACUGCCUACCUGUCUGCCUCCAGUUCUUCACCCUCAGUCUCAUGAACCUUUACUUUGUACAGGUUGUUUUCAAGGCAAAGUCCAAAUAUUCACCAGAGCUUUUAAGAUACAGGCUGCCACUGUACCUGCUCUUCCUCUCCAUCAGCCUGGUGUUUUUAGUUGUGAAUUUAGUGUGCGCCCUGCUGGUGAGGAUGUCCUCUGCAGAAAAACACACCGUCGUGCUUGUGAGGGUCACAAUCAACGACACGCUUUUUGUCCUGUGUGCCGUCUCGCUGGCUGUAUGUCUCUACAAGAUCGCUAAGAUGUCGCUGGCCAACAUUUACCUGGAGUCCAAGGGGACAUCAGUGUGCCAGGUGACGGUCAUAGGAGCCAUCGUCAUCCUCCUGUACUCAUCCAGGGCCUGCUACAAUCUGGUCGUCCUGGGCCUCUCGAACAAGAGUAUUAACUCCUUUGACUACGACUGGUACAAUGUUUCUGACCAGGCAGAUUUACAGUCGACUCUGGGCGACGCUGGCUACAUCGUCUUUGGAGUGAUCUUGUUUGUGUGGGAGCUGCUCCCCACUUCCCUUGUAGUUUUCUUCUUCAGAGUCCGGAAGCCCAACCAAGACAGGAGUGGCUCGGGGCUUCCUGGUCACGUCUUCUCCUCCAGGUCUUAUUUCUUCGACAACCCACGGCGUUAUGACAGCGAUGAUGACCUGGCGUGGAGCGUCAUGCCUCAGAACAUCCAGGCCAGUCUGGCUGCUGACAGCUACGAGUGGGGGAGCCAAAGCAGCGGCAUCGGUGCCUACAUCGGAGGAGAUGACAGCUACCACCUCCCUCCGCCUCCAGAGGAGCUCAGCCAUUACUGAGAAGAGCUCAAAGCUAACACUUUCUAUCUGUAUAUUUUUGCACAAUCUCUGUGUCUCUGAGGCACACGGGGCAGAAGGACGCCCUCUUACUCGACACAUUCAGUUUUUUAUUAGAGAAGAACUAACAGAACUUUCCUCUCUGCCAGUAUAUGAAGGUCCACUAAUGGGACAAUAAUUUUGCACACUCCUUGUACAAAGUAUGAUCUAAUUUUGACUGCUCUUAAACGUUUUCACUGUAUAGUUUAUAUUGAAUACUGCUUAAUAUAUUUCCUGACUUUGUAAUAUGUACUGUAUUACUAUUUUAUGUACUGUCUAUGCUCUUUUUCAUACAGAUGUUGUUUAUAUAGAGGAGAUAUUCAUUUAAUUCUUAUUAAAAAUGUUAAAUACU